GCAGCUGGAGGUCCUGAAAGUCUGGUUCCCACCUUGACAGCCUCUUCCCAUAGGCGAUGCGCACCCAGGCACCGGAGGGCAGAGGACAAAAAGCUGCCAAUCACUACUUCCUCCAUCUCUGUGAAGAGACCAGCUUCUAACAGACCCAUCAUGCAAGGCUGGCUCAAUCUCCCCACCCUCUGUCACUUUCUUCUCCCAUGGACCUUCACCACCUUACACAAAACCCUGGGAGACCCAGCAUCCCAUCGGGGCCCCAACUACCUCCUGCCCCCCAUCCACGAGGUCAUUCACUCUCGUCGUGGCGACACAACCACGCUGCCCUGCGUCCUGGGCACCCUGCCUCCCAGCUACAAGGUGCGCUGGAGCAAAGUGGAGCUAGGGGAGCUCCGGGAAACGCUGAUCCUUAUCACCAACGGACUGCAUGCCCGGGGCUACGGGGCCCUGGGGAGCCGAGCCAGGAUGCGGAGGGGGCAUCGGCUAGACGCCUCCCUGGUCAUUGCGGGCGUGCGUCUGGAGGACGAGGGCCGGUACCGCUGUGAGCUUAUCAACGGCAUCGAGGACGAGAGUGUGGCCCUGACCCUGCGCCUGGAGGGUGUGGUGUUUCCGUACCAGCCCAGCCGGGGCCGGUACCAGUUCAACUACUACGAGGCCAAGCAGGCGUGCGAGGACCAGGAUGGACGCCUGGCCACCUAUGCCCAGCUGUACCAGGCGUGGACCGAAGGUCUGGACUGGUGUAACGCGGGCUGGCUGCUCGAGGGCUCCGUGCGCUACCCUGUGCUUACAGAGCGCGCUCCGUGCGGCGGCCGUGGUCGGCCGGGGAUCCGAAGCUACGGGCCCCGCGACCGGAAGCGCGACCGCUACGACGCCUUCUGUUUCACCUCGGCGCUUGCAGGCCAUGUGUUCUUCGUGCCCGGGCGGCUGACGCUGUCUGAAGCCCACGCGGCGUGCCGGCGGCGCAGGGCCGUGGUGGCCAAGGUCGGGCACCUCUAUGCCGCCUGGAAGUUCUCGGGGCUGGACCAGUGCGACGGCGGUUGGCUGGCGGAUGGCAGCGUGCGCUUCCCCAUCACCACGCCGCGGCCGCGCUGCGGGGGCCUCCCUGAUCCCGGAGUGCGCAGCUUCGGCUUCCCCCAGCCCCAGCAGGCCAACUACGGGACCUACUGCUAUUCGGAGUAGGGUCCCAUCGCACCCCCUUCAACACGCACGACAAAGCCUGGGAGUCGUGGCGGACGUCUCUUGCCGCCCCUUUCCCUCGAGCCUCCCCUCCUGCCAGAUGAGAAGCAGCCCUCCUGAGAGGGCUGCGGGCCGCGGAUCCAAGCUGAUCGGGUGUUGGGAGGGGAGGUAGUGGGUUCCCGGUGGCGGGGUGCAGCUGUGAUCCUCGGACCUGCGGAUCAAGGCCCCGUGGCAGUUUGCGUGCCCCCAGCAGAGGAC